GACGUGUCAUCUUGUGUCAAAAAAAUUCCAAAUCAUAUGUCGCGAAUAUUAACAUAAGUGUGCGCUAAAAAAACUGAGGCCCACGAAAGGGAACACGAAACAAUGAGCGUGACACCUAAAUUAGACGAUCUAGUCCAGUCAGUAACUUUGUACACUUUAAAACCGACAGUAUUCCAUUUGUAUGUGUUGCCUUUCCUGUUGAUUUACACUGGCUGGCUUUAUGCUUGGCUUGGAGUUUAUGGCUUUAACGAACAUUACGAAGGAGGUUUUGUGGGACUAGCAGUUAUAGCAUUUUUUCAAAUACUGUGUUGUCUCACAUGUUAUUGGUCGGUACAUAUUAACUGUAUUUUUACGUGCAAUAAGGAAAAAGAACCUCUUAAAGCUACAGCUGUUAAAGUUGUACCUACAGCUAAUAACGGUUGGUCUGAACUAGUACGGUUAUGUCAUAAGAAGGGUGAAAAAGAAACUUCUGUUUGGUUUACCUUUCAAAAGUCGAAAUACUUUUGGGAUUCAGACAAGAAAACGUUCAGAGGUUUGGAAUAUCCAAUUAAUAAUUCCUUUGGAGAAUACUGUUCUUGGAAGGGUUACCAGGAAGAACAAGAUGUUGUUAAUGCAGAAAGUUUUUACGGCAAAAAUGAACUGGAUAUGGUUGUGCCAGAAUUCAUGGAAUUAUUUAAAGAAAGAGCCACUGCCCCAUUUUUUGUCUUUCAAGUGUUUUGUGUGAGCCUUUGGUGUUUGGACAAAUACUGGUAUUAUUCUAUUUUUACACUGGUGAUGUUGGUUUUAUUUGAAUGCACUUUAGUUAAACAACAACUGAAAAAUAUGUCGGAAAUUAGAAAAAUGGGAAAUAAGCCAUAUAACAUUUUGGUGUAUAGAAAUAGGAAAUGGAGGUUGAUUCUUACCAGUGAUCUUAUCCCUGGGGAUAUCAUAUCAAUAACCAGAUCACAAAAAGACAAUUUAGUGCCAUGCGACGUCUUAUUAAUUAGAGGUUCCUGUGUUGUGGAUGAAAGUAUGUUGACAGGUGAAUCAGUUCCUCAAAUGAAAGAGGCUGUUGAGGGUGCAAACCAAAAGAAAAUAUUAGACCCCGAGAUGGAUGGUAAAUUAUAUGUACUCUUUGGAGGAACAAAGGUUGUUCAACAUUCGGCUCCCCCUAAAACAACUUCAGGGCUUAGACCCAACGAUAAUGGCUGUGUGGCCUAUGUUUUAAGAACAGGUUUUAACACGUCACAGGGUAAAUUGUUGAGAACAAUUUUGUUUGGAGUUAAAAGAGUUACAGCUAAUAAUAAAGAGACAUUCGGCUUUAUAUCGUUCUUGCUGAUAUUUGCAGUUGCAGCCGCUUGGUAUGUAUGGCAAAAAGGAUGCGAAGAUCCAGACAGAAACAGAUACAAACUUUUCUUGGAAUGUACUUUAAUAUUAACGUCGGUAAUCCCGCCUGAACUACCAAUUGAAUUAUCUUUAGCGGUGAAUACUUCUUUGAUUGCCUUAUUCAAGUUGGGGGUGUUUUGCACGGAACCCUUUAGGAUUCCGUUUGCUGGCAAAGUGGACAUCUGCUGUUUCGACAAAACAGGCACCUUAACGAGUGACAACCUGAUAGUGGAAGGAGUCGCUCUGGCUGAAAAAGACUCCAGGGUCACUGCUAUCGCCGAUGUUCCUAUGGAAUCGGUUCAAGUGAUGGCAACUUGCCACUCGCUCACCCAACUGGACGAUGGACUUGUCGGUGAUCCGCUGGAAAAAGCGACGAUAAACGCUAUUGAAUGGAAUGUAACGAAAGCUGAUGCAGUUGUUCCUAAAAAGGGAAAGUCGCCGGGGUUUAAAAUCUUCGCUCGCCACCAUUUCUCCUCUGCUUUGAAACGAAUGUCUGUGGUUGCAGGCUAUAAUCCAAUGGGAUCAAUGGAAACUAUCUAUGUUGCAACUGUAAAGGGAGCUCCAGAAACGUUGAAAGCAAUGUUUUCCGAAGUCCCAGAAAAAUACGAUCAAGUCUAUUUGGAACUGUCGAGAAGAGGAGCCAGAGUUUUGGCGAUGGGCUACAGAGAAAUCGGUACACUAUCCACACAAGAACUGCGCGAUCUGACGCGCGAGGACGUCGAAAAGGACUUGAAAUUCACCGGGUUCGUCAUAAUAUCCUGCCCUUUGAAAACCGACUCGAAAGCCGUCAUUAAAGAACUACAAAACGCGUCGCAUAAAGUCGUCAUGAUUACGGGCGAUAAUCCCUUAACGGCGUGCCACGUUGCCAAAGAGUUGAAAUUCACCACGAAACCCACGUUAAUUUUGACCGAGAAAGAGGACACUUUCUCGUGGCAAACGAUAGAGCAGUCGGCCGACUUACCUCUCGACUACAACUACAAGGAUCUGACGAAAAAAUACGAUCUCUGCGUGACGGGCGACGGUCUCAGUUAUCUCGUAAACAACUACCAAGCCUUCUUGAACUUGAUACUGCCGUACGUGAGCGUGUUCGCGCGCUUCGCGCCCAAGCAGAAGGAGUACGUCGUGCUGCGGCUGAAGGCGUUGGGCUUCACGACGCUGAUGUGCGGCGACGGCACCAACGACGUGGGCGCCUUGAAGCACGCCGAGGUCGGCGUCGCCAUUCUGGCGAACGCCCCGGAAAGUCUGCCCAACGUCAGGGAGCUGCGCGAGAAGGAAAGGGAGCGGCAGCGUUUGGCGAGGGACGUGGCUGGCGCGCGCAACAAGCCGAAUCACGUGAAGCUGCAGGAGCAAAGAGAUCGGCUGCAGGCGAACAUGAACAAAAUGAUGAAGGAACUGGAGGCGGAAGAGCAGGCGCAGGUUGUCAAACUCGGCGAUGCCAGCAUUGCUUCUCCCUUUACCAGCAGGUUGUCUUCAAUUAUGUGUAUUUGCCACAUAAUAAAACAGGGCAGAUGUACUUUAGUAACCACUUUACAAAUGUUUAAAAUUUUGGCCCUUAAUGCCCUUAUUCUGGCCUACACUCAAUCGGUUUUGUACUUGGAUGGAAUUAAAUUACGUGACAUGCAAGCAACUCUGCAGGGUCUUUUAUUGGCAGCUUGUUUCUUAUUCAUAUCCAGAUCAAAGCCCUUAAAAGUGUUGUCUAAACAAAGACCUUUACCAAACAUUUUUAAUGUUUACACUAUCAUGACUGUACUGUUACAGUUUGCUGUCCAUUUUUGUUGUUUGAUUUUUUUAGUACAACAAGCAAAGGCGAGGCUACCAGUAGACGAAACAAAUUCUACUGAACCCAUUAAAAAGUUAACAGAAGAGGAGGAAGAUGAAAUAUUUAAACCAAAUAUUGUAAAUAGUACAGUUUACAUAAUUUCUACUGCCCUUCAAAUAGCAACGUUUGCAAUAAAUUAUAGGGGAAAUCCUUACAUGGAAAGUCUCAAGCAAAAUAAAGCCUUAUUAUACAGUAUUUUAGGUGCGGGAGGAGUCGUGUUGGCAUUAACAUUGGGAAUUCUACCGGAUUUAUCAGAAUUAUUUGAAAUAAUAGAUUUCCCUCCAGAUUUUCGCCUAGUUUUACUUCAAGUUUUGUUUGCUGAUUUCUUUUUAUCAUUUUUGUUUGACAGAGCUUGUCUAUGGUUGUUUGAGGGGUCAACAUAACUAAAUCAAGAAUACUUACUUAGUAUUUAUUUGUAUUGGAAGUUUUUAAAAAAUACAUCAUCCAAAAAUCACUAGUUUUUUUGGAUAGUGUCGUUUUUUAAAAAGGGCCUCAAUUGUUAAAAAAUAAAUUUAAUUUGCGUCAUUCCAUUGUACCGAUUUUUGCGGUAAUUUUGUAAGAAAAUGUGAUUGUUCACAAGGAAUGCGUGCAUUUUGUACCAUUUGUUUUUUUUACUGAUGCGCGAUCAUUGUAAGUCUACUUGUAGGUAUACCUACAAGUAAAAAUAAUGUACCUUUAGAUAAAUAAUAAAUUUUAAAAGUAUUGUUAUAUUGC